AAGGCCGCAGAGCCGUGCUGGGUUCUGCGAGGAAGCUGAUGAUGGUGGGAAACGCUGAGGAAUGGAAGCAGCUCCUCCACCCGGGCUGCUGCCUAUCGUGUGUGUGUGUGCUGCUUUCUUAACGAGCCGCCCCGGGGUUCUGCGCUGCUCGUUUCUUGUUGCAAACAACAGUCGAUGUUUCUUUUAAAGGUGCAAAGAUCACAGAGGCCUUGUUGAAGGAAAGAGAUAAACAAGCAAAGUGGAAUGGGAUUCCCCUGCUGUUACAAAAGCUAUAUGAGCACAGCCACCCAAACAGCGACUUCUCCCAGUGCCAAAGCAUCUUAAAGGAAAUUUCUCCACUUCUUUCAAUGGAAGCCAUGGCAUUCGUGACAGAAGAUAGAAAAGCUGCUCAAGAGUCCACUUUCCCCAAUACGUACACGUUUGACUUGUUUGGAGGAGUUGAUCUUUUAGUAGAAAUUCUCAUGAGACCAACUCUUAUGACACAGAAAAAGAAACAAAAAAUAAGUGAUGACCUCAUCAAGGACUGUUUAAGCAUACUGUACAACACGUGUAUAUGUACGGAGGGAGUCACGAGGCGACUGGCAGAAAGAAACGACUUUGUGCUCUUCCUGUUUACACUGAUGACAAACAAAAAGACAUUCCUACAAACUGCAACGCUCAUUGAGGAUAUCUUGGGAGUAAAAAAGGAAAUGAUACAACUGGAUGAUAUUCCCAAUCUUGCAAACCUUGUGUCCAGUUUUGAUCAGCAACAGCUUGCAAACUUCUGCAGGAUCCUCGCAGUCACAAUUUCUGAACUCGAUACAGGCAGUGAUGACAAGCACACACUUCUUGCAAAAAAUGCCCAGCAGAAAAAAAACUUGGGUCCUUCUCGAGCUGAAGUUAAUCAAGCUACACUUCUGAAUAUACCAGGUUUCAUUGAACGAUUAUGCAAACUGGCAACACGGAAGGUAUCUGAAACAACAGGCACCUCCAGCUUCCUGCAGGAGCUAGAAGAGUGGUACACCUGGCUGGACAAUGCCCUCGUCCUUGAUGCAUUGAUGAGAGUGGCAAAUGAAGAGGCAGAGCAGAGCAGUACAGAGUCUUCUGAUGAAAGUGGUUUGGCCAACACCUCGACACGGACGCAGCUUCCACAGUCCAUGAAGAUCAUGCACGAGAUCAUGUAUAAACUGGAGGUGUUGUAUGUUCUCUGUGUGCUGCUCAUGGGGAGACAAAGGAAUCAGGUUCACAAAAUGAUAGCAGAGUUCAAACUUAUUCCUGGCCUCAAUAAUUUGUUUGACAAACUGAUUUGGAGGAAACAUUCAGCAUCUGCUCUUGUUCUGCAUGGACACAAUCAAAAUUGUGACUGUAGCCCAGACAUCACUUUAAAGAUACAGUUCCUGAGGCUUCUUCAGAGCUUUAGUGAUCACCACGAGAACAAAUAUCUCCUGUUAAACAGCCAAGAACUCAAUGAGCUGAGUGCAAUCUCCCAUAAAGCCAACAUCCCUGAAGUUGAUGCAGUUGUCAACACAGACAGGAGUCUUGUCUGUGAUGGGAAGAGAGGUUUGUUGACCAGACUGCUUCAGGUCAUGAAAAAGGAACCAGCUGAAUCCUCCUUCAGGUUUUGGCAAGCAAGAGCAGUUGAAAGUUUCUUGCGAGGCACCACCUCCUAUGCAGACCAGAUGUUCCUGCUAAAGAGAGGACUUCUGGAGCAUAUUCUCUACUGCAUUGUUGACAGCGAGUGCAAAUCACGGGAUGUGCUUCAGAGUUACUUUGACCUUCUGGGAGAACUGAUGAAAUUCAAUAUUGAUGCAUUCAAGAGGUUCAACAAGUACAUCAACACAGAUGAGAAGUUCCAGAUAUUUUUAAACCAGAUCAACAGUUCCUUGGUUGACUCCAACAUGCUGGUUCGCUGCAUCACGCUGUCCCUGGACCGAUUUGAGAACCAGUCUGAUGCUAAAGUUGCAGAAGUCCUGUCAGAGUGCCGCCUGUUAACAUACAUGUCCCAGAUGUCCAUGAGAAUGUCCUUUCUUUUCCGUCUCAUUAAUAUUAUUCAUGUACAGACACUUACACAGGAAAAUGUCAGUUGUUUGAACACAAGUUUAGUUAUCCUAAUGCUGGCCCGAAGGAAAGAAAAGCUACCGUUUUAUCUGCGCACUUUGCAACAGAUGGAAUACACAGAAAAAUAUCCAGGCUUCAUCCUGAACAACUUCCACAGUCUUCUGCGAUUCUGGCAGCAGCAUUACCUCAACAAGGAUAAAGACAGCACCUGCUUAGAAAAUAGCUCAUGUAUUAGUUUUACCUACUGGAAAGAGACUGUAUCUAUACUGCUCAGUCCAGACCGGACGUCCCCCUGUGCCAUAGUUAGCUACAUCGACGAGGCAUAUAUGGACAUUGACAGAGACUUCUCUGAGGAGUAAUUCUUCGCUCUGGCUCCUGAUGGGCAGCGCUCAGAGGUUACCUGUCAGCCCGUGGAUUUUCAGGGAUACGCUGUGCUGUGUGUGCGCGGCUCGGAGCCGCGGAGCGUCGCCGCCUUGUCCAAACCCCAUCCCUGCUCUGACCUCUGAUGGAUGAGACUUUGAAAGCUCUCUGGAUUCACAUUCAGGGAUGUAUUUUCCAGUUGUUCUGGGAUAAAAAGAAUCACCUGCAAAAAAAAAAAAUGAUUCCCCCCUCCUCCUUUUUUCUUUCACAUUUUUCUCUCUCUUUCUCCCAGUCCAAUGUGGAUGGU